AUGGAAAACCUGAAGAACACAGAGUUUGGACAAGAUGCCAAUUUGAGAGCUAAAAAGGUAGGUAAAAUACAUGUACAUUAUUUUGUUAAUGCUUGCAGUGCAAAUAUUUCUAAUGUGUAGUUUAAGUCAUCCACUUAGUGAUUUAUUUAGCCUGUCCUGUAACAGAGCUGUGCUUUGGCAGUGCCUGGUGGCCCCUGUUGCAUUACUGUUGCUCUUGGGUGACAAGGAAGUCUUAGUUUGUUCAAACACAUUUAUCCUGGGUACCUGGAUCUUUCAGGUUAAGGGCACAAGGGUCGUCUUUCAUUUUUAAAGGAAACAACACAUGUUUUGCAUGUUUGUCUUAUGCAUACAUAAUUUAUGAUUGUUAUAGAAUGCACGAGUGCCACACCCUACCCCCCUUUGACAUUUUUAUUGUUAACAGUGUCCUUCUCAUUUAUAUGCAAGGUUUCAUUGUAGUGUAAAUUGCUCAGAGUAGAGAGCAAGAACCAAAUCUAAAGAUUCAAAAUAGUCAGGGUGACUAUUUUGCCAGACUAAACUGUUGCUGAAGAACAAAGUAAAUGUUAAUUAAAUGUUUAUCACAGUAGUCAUGCCACUGUGACUAAAUAUGUUAUUUUGGUGUUCAGAAAUUAACGAAUCGCACAGAGGUGUUGGACAAGGCACACCUUUCUCCGGAUGACAAAGCCAAAACAAAGGCUUUAUUAGACCUACACAAGGCUAUCCAGGAGAGUGAAGACAAUGAAGAGGGGGGCAGUGAUCCACCACCCAGGUACAUCAGGCCACUAUGCUCAGAGAGGUCAAAGUUAAGAAACAUCAAUGCUGUUCUUGACGCCUUUUGUGAAGCUUGCAUGUCAAAGAGGCAGACCAGUACCAAAUAACUGCCCCUCAUGGGCAAGAUGCCAAUAAUACCAAAUUAGUGAAAUGGCUACAGUGAUCACUACUAUGGCAACUGGGAGUAUAAAGUCCAAAAAGGACGCCGUGUGCAUGAUGUCCAGAAAAUGACCUUUAGCCGAAGCACAAAAUGUGAUGGCAUAGUCGAUUCUACAUGAGUAUAAAAUUCUACUUUUCCCCUAUUUUUCACUGGUUUAAAACCUAUCAUAUUGUUUUACUCUUAAUCAAGAAAGUAUUUAACACUUCUAGUUCACUGGGCAGUAAUUCAGUCUUCCCUGCGUUUUACUAACAACAAAACCAAAUGAGCGAGAAGCCCUGUAGUGACGUUUGGGUGCCACUUGCAUAAAGUUGAAAUUUGACGGGCAACAGUGACAUACUCUCUUCAGGACUGUGAUCCACGACCAUCAUAGUAGAGGUCACUGUAGCAAUUUGCUUAAAGUCCCUAAUGUAUUAUUGUGCCUUCUUUAGUCAGGAUGACCCUGUGGUGAUCAGCUUUAACUAAAUUGCACAAUCUUAUUGGAAAGGUGAUAAGAGUUUUAUUCUUAAAGACAAUCUUUACUCGACUGUGUUCAUUAAAAUUGCUGAAAUUCCAGGACAGUCAAUGGAUUAUCCUAAAACUAUAAAACAGGGAAUGUAA